AUGGACAGUGCUAUGGAAGCCAACCUGGGAGCUGCUGGCCACGGUCCCCGCACAGAGCUCAAUGACGAGGACUACUACCCCCAGGGCAGCUGGGACACUGUCUUUCUGGUAGCCUUACUGCUCCUGGGACUACCAGCCAAUGGGCUGAUGGCAUGGCUGGCUGGCUCGCAGGCCCGACACGGGGCUGGCACGAGACUAGCCCUGCUCCUGCUCAGCCUGGCCCUCUCUGACUUCUUAUUCCUGGCAGCAGCGACUUUCCAAAUCCUGGAGAUCCAGCACGGAGGGCACUGGCCACUGGGCACUGCUGCCUGCCGUCUCUACUACUUCCUAUGGGGUGUGUCCUACUCCUCCGGCCUCUUCCUAUUGACAGCCCUCAGCCUGGACCGCUGCUUGCUGGCGCUAUGCCCACGCUGGUACCCAGGGCACCGCCCAGCCCGCCUGCCCCUCUGGGUGUGCGCUGGGGUCUGGGUGCUGGCCACACUCUUCAGUGUGCCCUGGUUGGUUUUCCCUGAGGCUGCUGUCUGGUGGUAUGACUUGGUCAUCUGCCUGGACUUCUGGGAUAGCGAGGAGCUGCCUCUGCGGAUGCUUGAGAUCUUGGGGGGCUUCCUGCCCUUCCUCUUGUUGCUGGUCUGCCACGUGCUUACCCAAGCCACCACUUGCAGGACCUGUUGUGGGCACCAGCCUAGGCCUAUGGUCUGCCAUGGCUUUGCCCGUGUGGCCAAGACUAUUCUGUCCGCCUAUGUGAUUCUGAGGCUACCCUACCAGCUGGCACAGCUGCUCUAUCUGGCUUUCUUAUGGGAUGUCUACCCUGGAUACCUGCUCUGGGAAGCCCUGGUCUAUUCUGACUACCUGAUCCUGCUCAACAGCUGCCUGAGCCCCUUCCUGUGCCUAGCAGCCAGUGCUGACCUCCGCGCCCUGCUGCGCGCUGUACUUUCCUCCUUCGCAGCUGCUGCCUGUGAGGAACAGCCUGGCAGCUUCACACCUACUGAGCCACAGACCCAGGUGGUCUCUGUGAGCCUGACUCCGCCAGGACAGACAGCUGAAGGCCAGCCACGGUUGGAUCCUGUGGGCCAGCCUCAGGAGAAUCCCUCUGUUCAGCCACAGUCCGAUUCUGUGGUCCAGCCUGAGGUGAGCCCCUCAGUACAGCCACAGUCAGACUCUGUGGUCCAGCCUGAGUUGGAACCCAUGGAUCAACCUCAAUUGGAUCCUGUGGCCCAGCCACAAACAAACAUGGAGGCCCAGACCCCUGCCUAUGGGGCUGAGUCAGCCUCUAACCCUGGUGAGGAAAGCUCCCCCAGUCCAUCCCCAGAUCCCAAGCUUGGGGCCCCUGAGAACCUAGAUGAGCCGGCUGUUCUUGAGGGAGAAGGCCCGAGUAGUGUCCCACCACAAGUGGCCCCCAGCGCCGGUCCUACUUGA